AUAACUAUUGGAAAAGCCAAAGACAAGUCUGUCUUUUGCGACCUGAUUGUAAAAAAAGGUCAAGAGUGAAAUGCUGAUAUGUUCUUAUUUUUAGAAAUAACCUAAAAUUAGGAAAGAGAGGGAGAGCCAAUAACCCCAAGUGCAUGUGUCGGAUUUGCAGGAUAAUUGAUAGUUGGACGGCUAUCCUCCCUUUCCUCUCAACUUCUCAAUUUUCAUGUCUUUGCUUCAUUUAGAUUUCAGAUUCUUGUAUUUAGUCUCAAUCUCCCAAAACUUCCUCCCUGAACCACAAGAACAAUGGCAACAUUCACAGUAGUCACAUAGAGGUUAACCUUGCUCCAUUUGUCAUCCCUAUCGGAAAGGUAAAGAUCGAGAAGAGGUACAUAGAAGAAUAGUUAGUUAUCAGGAGAACGGAAGUUUGGUCACUAUUGACAAAAGCUAAUUUGGAAACGAGAGAUGGCAAUGGAAGCUGAUUACCAGCUGAAGCUGGUUAUGUUAUGUCUUCUGAUGACAAUAGCAAUUCCAGUAUUGAAAGCCAACAUCGGGGAGUUUGACGAGUAUUGGCAGAAGCGAGAGAAAGCAGCUCACCAGGCCACGAAAGAGGCCUACCAGCCUAAUCCUCUAAAACAUGUGAACCAUUUAAACAAGCAUACACACAAGGCACUGGAGGGUCAUAACGGCACGAGAAGGAACUUAAGACGCUGGGAUGGUCCAUGCCAGGCUAACAACCCAAUCGACAAAUGCUGGAGAUGCGAUCCAGAUUGGGAGAACAAUCGGAAGAAGCUAGCCGAUUGUGCUCUUGGCUUUGGACAUGGUACCACCGGAGGCAAAGAUGGAGAAAUCUAUACGGUCACAGAUCCUUCUGAUGAUGACGUUGUCGAACCAAAAGAGGGGACAUUGCGGUGGGGUGUGAUUCAGCCUGAACCGCUUUGGAUCAUAUUUGACAGCGACAUGAGGAUAGAACUGAAAGAAGAGCUCUUAGUCAAUAGUGACAAGACCAUUGAUGCACGGGGUGCUAAUGUGCAUAUUGAAGGUGGUGGCCAAAUUACUCUGCAGUAUGUGCAGAACAUCAUUAUCAGUAACAUUCACGUUCGUGACACCGUUGCCAAGGAAGGUGGUUUGAUUAGGGACUCGACAGAUCACUAUGGAACACGAACAGCCAGCGAUGGUGAUGGAAUAUCCUUGUUUGGUGCCACAAAGGUUUGGAUAGACCAUGUUUCUGCCUCAAAUUGCGCCGAUGGACUCAUUGAUGUCAUUGCAGGCUCUACUGCCAUCACAAUAUCCAACUCUCACUUCACCGAUCAUAAUGAUGUGAUGCUGUUUGGUUCAAGCGAUAGCUUCACCAAGGAUGAAGAAAUGCAGAUAACUCUAGCGUUCAACCAUUUCGGACAGGGAUUGAUCCAGAGGAUGCCAAGGUGCAGAUUUGGUUUUUUCCAUGUUGUGAACAAUGACUACACUCACUGGAUUAUGUAUGCCAUCGGUGGCAGCAGCCAUCCUACCAUACUAAGCCAGGGAAAUCGAUACAUUGCUCCAGAAAAUGAGGCAGCUAAAGAGGUUUGUAAUAGAGUCAACACAGCUCCGAGCGUGUGGAGUUCUUGGAAUUGGAUAUCACAAGAUGAUAUCUCGGUGAAUGGAGCACAUUUUACUCCGUCCGGCAGUUUAGAGGCAAUUAACGGUAUCGGAGAAGAGGAUCUGAUUCCUGCAAAACCCGGGUAUCUUGUGACCCCUCUCACACGCUUUGCCGGUCCUCUUAAAUGUGUGCCUGGCGAGGGAUGUUAGGAUAUGAAGCUAAAACUGAACCCUGUUAGAGA